AUCAACAACGCUCUCGGAGCAGUCGCUCUAAUUUUCCACGAAAUAUAUUCACCAUGUCAACGAAAAAUCAACUGAGGAACAUUCUAGGACCGUCGGUGGUCAAUCGAGCGGGAGAGAGCGUCGAUCUGUGUCAGUACAACGCCAACGGAAAGGUGAUAGGUCUGUACUUUUCGGCACAUUGGUGCUCGCCUUGUCGUGCGUUCACCCCCGUGCUCGUCGAUUUCUACAACGAAUUGAAGAAAAGCGAAAGCGGUGCCGAUCUGGAGAUAGUGUUCGUCAGUUCUGAUCGCGACCAGAGCAGCUUCGACGAGUAUUUUGCCGAGAUGCCAUGGCUCGCCGUUCCGUUCCAGGAACGCGAUCGGAAGGCCAAGUUGUCGAAGAAGUUUCGUGUGCAGGGAAUACCCAGCCUUGUGUUGCUGGAUGGGAUCUCAGGCAAAGUUAUACAGGCAGAGGCACGGGAGUGCCUGGCAAACGAUCCACAAGGAAAGAAAUUCCCGUGGCUGCCCAGACCGUUCCGAGACGUCAUCGGUGAUACGCUGAUCGACAACAGUGGCCAACAGGUGGCGACACAGUCUCUCUCCGACAAGAUCAAAUUCAUCUACUUCUCCGCGCACUGGUGCCCAGCGUGUAAGGCCUUCACUCCUCAGCUCGUUGAGCUGUAUAAGAAGCUGCGCGGCGAGGGAAGGAAGCUGGAGUGUGUCUUCGUGAGCUCUGACCGCAGCGAGGAUUCCUGUCUCGCUAUUCUACUAUCUCAAUGCCGGAUCCCCAGCCUUGUCGUUCUGGACGAGGAGGACCAGCUGGUGACGAAGGAGGGUCGCGCGUACGUGAACGAAGACCCCGAGGGAGAGGACUUCCCCUGGUUCCCGACCCCCCUGACGGAGCUCACGGGCGCAGCAGCGAGCAAGCUCAAUGAGGAUCCGUGCCUCAUCCUGUUCACGCUGGGUCGUGAGGAGGACGAGGUCAUGGCAACGGACCUGCUAGCGGACGUGGCCGAGGAUCACUUCCAGAAGGGGGCGCAGCAGUCUCUCUUCUUCUACUACGCUCUCGACGACGAAUUCUGUGAUACGGUGCGACAGUUCGCGCGCGUCACGGACACACAGCUUCCUCAGCUACUCAUCGUCGACAUCCCCGAGCAGACGCUGUACCGCCACGCCGCCGCCGCCGCCGCCGCUGUCGCCACGCCGACGCCACUGACGACCGCCGCCGUGCGAGAGUUCGUCGAGAAGUACUUCGCCGGAAUGCUCGCCGGCGAGGCCCUGCUGCAGUAG